GCAACUUGGUGAGAAACCUUCUUGGUAUUGGAAAGCGGGUGGUCAGUUCAUCAGGGCAGCCAUGUUGCUGCCAGCUGCCUCCAUCCUGGCAGGGCUCCUGCUGCUCCUGCCUCAACCCACCACUCAGCUUUGCAAAUCUGCUAGAGAGGACGUCUGCAGACAAGCAAAACCAGCCCCGGGGUCCUCUUUAGCUGGGGAGGGUUUUGACAUAACCACAAUGCAACGCAAGGGAGCUUUUGUUAUUGACAUGAACACCUGGGAAACACCAAACAAAACCUGCACCAUUUGCGAUAAUCCCUAUCAAAACGGAAAAAUGCAAAAAAUUCCAACGUCUGUCAGUAGCUUUAGGUCCCUACAUAAGUGCAGCAUGUCAAUAAAGAGUCAGUUGCUAGAGUCUGCCAUGUCUGUGGCUGAUCAUGCCAGCAAGAGUGUAGAGAACGACUGGAAGGUUGGAUUAGGCUUAAGUAAGGCAGGGUAUGGGGGCACUGUAGCCCUUUCAGGAAGCAAUUCAAAGUUAGCUAAAACUGCAAUUGAAAAGAGCAAAGGUGACCGUUUCAACUUUGUGAGCCACUCAGUACAAUGUGGAUUUUACAGCUACAUGAUCUCCAACAAUGCCAAGCUCGAUCCAGACUUCCAACAAGCCUUUGGAAAGCUCCCUCAUAUCUACAGCCCCAGUAGCAAAGCUGAAUUUGAUGGUUUCUUCGACACAUAUGGCACUCACUACAUCAAAAAGGUGCAGACUGGAGGCAAAGUGGAGUCCAUGACGAGCGUCAGGGAGUGCCAGGCAUCCAUGAUGGGUCUGAGCUCUGAUGAGGUCAAGAUGUGUCUUGGGGCUGAAGCUGCUGCGAAAAUCCCGUACAAGGUUGACGUUGACCUUAGCGCACAAAUAAACUUCUGUAAUUCAAAGAAGAAUGAUGUGACAGGACGCAAAAGUUUCUCCAAUGUUUUCUCUGACAGGGUUACAGAAAUAAGUGGGGGGAGGACCACAGAAGGCGAGCUCCUUUUCUCUGCAGAUCGCGAUGCAUCGGCCUAUAACAAAUGGCUUCAAUCCCUGCCAUCUAACCCUGAUGUCAUCACCUACACCCUGAAGUCUCUUCAUGAGCUGAUACUUGACAAAAAGAAGAAAACAGAAAUGAUGCACGCCAUUCAAUACUACAUUCUGAGCAGGGGAAUGAAGCAACAGUGCUCUGACCAGUGCAAGGUUGGAAGACGAACCAAUUCAAAGUCCUGCGUUUGCCACUGUCACAACCACAAGAGUUUAGGGAGAAAUUGCUGUCCAAUGCGCCCUGGUUAUGCAGAUGUUGUUUUAACCAUCAUACGCGGGAAAGGACUGUAUGGUGACGUGAGCUCUGGCACUGACGGGUAUGUCAAAGUCUUUGACGAGAACAAACAACUGCUCGGCAAGACACGCACAAUUCAAGGAGAUGACAAUCCCUACUGGAACAGGGAGUUUGAUUUCAGUGACAUGCUGUUGUCUGAAAGAAGCAAAAUUGAGAUGGAGGUAUGGGAUGAAGACAACAAGUACGAUGACCUUCUCGGGACAUGCAUUGUGAAUCUUAGGUCAGGUUAUCUAGGGGAAAAGGUCUGUUCCCUUGAUUACGGGCAGAUUUACUAUAGCCUGAAAGUGACCUGUGGUCCACAUCUGAGUGGUCCAACCUGUUCUGACUACGCUGCUUCUCCCAUGAGCAGUCAACUUGACAAGAUGUUUGUGUCUCGCCAUGCUGUACCCAUACCAAAGCACAUGUUCCCCAAAGCGGGAAUGCAGAUGGGCAGGCAGGCAUUCAAUUACACUUUCAACAGCCAACAGGCUGGUAAAGCUGAAAAGGCUGAUUAUUUGUAACUGUCCUUGAAAAUGUUCAUAUCUUUUUAAAUGACAGGACUGGGCUUAACUUUGAUGCCAUUGUGUUUCUGGAAAAUCGUAUGAAUCUUCAUUUCAAGUUAUAUGUGUGAUACCAAAAAGCAAAAUGACACAAAAAAGCACAAAAAAAGACAAGCAUUUUAUUCAUUUCAUGCUGU